AUAAUUCAAUAUUUAAAUAUUUAUUAGAAAAAGAAAAAUUUUGAAAUUAUCAAAUUGUAUUUCAUCGCGCAUCUGAAUGAAAUUAGAGGUGCCUCUACCCCUGCAACAAUUUUUGUUCCAAGCUCCGGAGAUAAUCUGUGGCCAAGUUCUCGGCAACUACAAGUCAAAUCGAAAUUGAAGUCCUCUGGACUCAAAAUUGGCCACUUCCUCGAGACGUGCAUACUGAAAAUUUAUAACUUUCGGGGUUCAUGGGGGCCUCGGAAUCAAGCUUACUUCAGAGGUCUGGCGACGAGAUAACUGUCGUUUCUGAGAGAUCAGAAAGCAUUGAUCCUGUUUUAGAGAGGCUUCGUUCCCUCCAAAUUGCGAAUCCGAUAUUGGAAUCUCUUCCAGCGGAGAGGAGUUUGACUGACAUUUUGGUUAGGAAGCCCUUGCUGUCUUCGAAUUCCAGUACAGUAGAUCCUCAAGUGCUACUGGAACUCUUUUCAAUGUACCGAGAUUGGCAGGAAAAGAAGACUCAGAAUAUCAGUAAAAGACAGGAAGAAAUAGAAAAUAAGAUAGAUGUCGCAGAUGCAUUGGCAGUUAAACUUCUUCAACGUUUUAAUUAUUCUGUCUCAGCCAUGAGAACUUCUUCAAAUCACCUAUCAGAAGUUCACUCAUUGCAGGUGGAGCUUGGUGAACUGAAAGGAAGGUUGACAGAGGUUAUCAGCAACUGUGAUGGUUUGUGCAAAAGAAUUGCUGCAAAUGGACCAGAAUCACUUAAAUCAACUGUCAAGCCAUUUGUGUUGGCCUCUUCGGACCCAUCAACAUCUUCAGCUGACACAGCUAGAUUGAAAGCAGAAACAGUUAGAACAGAACCUCAACCAAUGCCGAAGCCAACCUAGAUUGUAUAAUUUUUUUUCUUUUUUCUUUUGUUUUUCGCUGUACAUCUUUGGAAAACACACGUUGAGAUUACACAGAUGAUCAGCAUUUCUUCAGCUGUUUGACAAGUUAUAUCUGUUCUCCAGCUAAUGUAUAACCAUUCAAGGUUGGUUUUGAAA